AUGUUGCUCGGUUACUUCUUUUUUACCUUACUAUCUAUCGUUCUUAAUGUCACCAGCGUCUAUGCCACUCCCGCCCACAAUGGAGACAUAGCGAAAGACGUAUCCUUACACAAGCGAGAGGCCGAAAAGCUGCAAGCAAGGCUGGUAUGCUAUCACAAACAAUCUUAUCACGUAGCUAUCGUGAUCGACCGCGACGAAUAUGACGUAUCCUAUCGCUAUCACGCGACCCAAAAGGGCCAAACCCGAACUUUCAAGCUCGACCGCGAUCGCCGUGAGUCAGGCAGCUACGUCGAUUCUCUGAUUCCGAAACUUGUCGCCAAUAUUCCCAUCAACGGGUACGUCGACACCUUCGACGAAGUCGACGAGCUUAUCAAUGACACGGAUCUCCUCCCCUCAAACGGAUACGACUGCUGGCAAUACCUCAAGAAUGCGCUGAAUGCAAUGCGACAGAGCGGCUGGCUGACGCAGUCCGAGAUGGACUCUGCCUAUGACGAACUUCUGCAGAAAGCUCAGGAUAAUGGGAUGACUUUGACUUGCCAGGCUCUUUGA